CGCCAACAGCGCUGAGUCCUUCUGAUAAAAACACUGGAGUUGGAAAGGGCAGCGGAGCUCACUGAUGAGGGAACGGAUUUAUCAGAUUUAACUUCUUGCGUCGACUACAUAUACCUUGUAAUUUGUACGGUAUUUUUGGUCUCAUUAUUUCUUUAUAUUUACAGCAUCUUUUUAAAAAAAAUGGCUGCCGCAUUUUUAUAACAAAACCAUUCCUGUUUGUGAACUAGCAAAUCGAUUUUGAAGUGAAUUUAGCAACGUUAGCUACACAGCUAGCAAUUGUACGUCAGUAUUAUGUCAUAUUAGUACAAAUGUUUGGCUCUUGUACAUUUCUGAACAGUUGAAAACUGUAUGAACGAGCGCAGUUUUUUUAAAUCUCGAUGAUCAGGCGAUUGAUUAACGAAUAAAUAAAGUCAGACUGUCACUGCGACGGGGAACAACUGUCAAAACAAAUCUCAUCUCAUAUUACUUACAGUAAAGUCACAAAUCUAAGCAGGUGUAUGUGUUGCAUUAUAUUUCGCUCCGCUUUUUUGUUAGUUUCAGUUUCGUCACACAAAUAAAAACCUUUGUUGUCGACGAUUAGACACAUGAGGAACUUGGUAUUUAGUGUUGAAGUAAUGUUACAGUUGUUUUUGUGAUGGAAAACUUUCCUGUGACAUUUAAUAAUUAAGAUUGUAAAUUUUCAUUUUCACUUUCACUUUGCAGGUGCAGAUCACAGAGAGAUAAGGGGGACGUCUAUGUGUUAUUUAUUUUUAUUUUUAUUUUUUUUAUUCCGUCGUGUAGAAUGAGCAGUGUCACAGUGACAGCAUAUUUGUGAAAUAAAUAUUCUCACCUAGAAUUAAUGUGCUGCUCAUUUUUUUAGGGGCAAGUAUGCCAAACUUUUCAAUUGCUUUCCUGAAUUUUGUUUUUAGAAUUUUUAUGUGAUUUAUCCUGACACUUUGUUUUAUACUAGUUGUUUUUUUUUUUUUUUUUAUGUAAUUUGUAUUUUUAUAUUAAAGGCCCAGUUUAAACAUUUUAUUACACAUUUUUCAUUCCUUUAUACAUUUCUCUUUUUGCACAUCAUAAUGCAGGCUCCAGUUCCACCUUCCCCCAUCAGACCAGCUGUGGCCCCAUCAGUAGAGCUGGGUGUCACAGUCCUUUACACUUGUCUUUACGGUAGUCUGUUCUUAGUUGUAUUCAUUCAGCUCUGGUUGCUGUUUCUCUGCCGGCACAAACGAUGGAGCUACCAGAGCAUUUUUCUCUUUCUUUGCCUGUUUUGGGCAGCCCUUCGCACAACACUCUUUUCAUUUUAUUUUCGUGACGCCCUUGCUGCCAACCACCUGCCCACUCCAGUCUACUGGCUCCUCUAUUGUUUUCCGGUGUGUUUGCAGUUUUUCACCCUAAGUCUCUUCAACCUUUACUUCACUCAGGAAUUACUCAAAGUUAGAAGUUUAUUCAACAUUGAGCCUAGCAAAGGACUAUGGUUGGCUCGCUGUGUGUAUGCAGCCAUGAGUGCAGCCUUCCUGUGUGUCAACGUAGUUUGCGCGAGCUUCGGAAAGCAUGGAGGAUCUGGUGGAGCUGGUGACAAAGUGUGGAACGUGGUUUUAGUUCGGGUGCUGGUUAACGACCUACUCUUUAUUCUGGAAGCUGUGUGCCUGGCCACAUCUCUGCUCCUGUUAACUCGAUUCUCUUCCCCCACCACCCCUUAUCUACGCAAUAAGGGGCUUUGUCCGACUGCAGUGCUGGGAGCAGGUGUAAUCUUACUCUUCUCCACUAGGGCCUGCUACAACCUCGCAGUGCUGUUUUUGUCUCAGAAUCAUAAAGUAGAGGCCUUUGAUUACGACUGGUACAACAUCUCUGAUCAGGCUGACCUUCGCAGUGAACUUGGAGAAAGAGGCUACAUUAUUUUUGGAGCUGUUCUCUUCAUUUGGGAGCUGCUACCGACCAGUUUGCUCAUUCUCAUCUUCAGAGUUCGCCAGUCUCCUCAAGAAAGGAACUGCAGCCCAGCCAUGUGCAACACACAAAGCUCAAGGUCAUAUUUCUUUGAUGAUCCUCGUGGAAUGGAUGAUGAUUCGGGUUCUCUCUGGAGUCAAGGCAUAAAUCCCCAUAGCAGUUGGUUUGGGUCCAGUGAGACGACUCCUCUCCUCUUUAAUAAGACUGGUCAGAAUAGCCAACAUCACUCCCUCUACUCAACUCCACAGACCUGACCACUAUGCAAAGCUGCAGAGAUUUUUCUCUGAUCUUCUCAGGCAAUAGAACAGCAAUACCUCUUCCUGUUGAGUAGAUCAACAGGUAUUUUUGCACUAAUAUGCAUCAGACGCACCUUGACUUUGUAAAGCUGACCACAACUUUAGAUAAGACACUUCUUAUAAAAGGGACCAGUUAAUGAUUUUAUUAAUGAAUCUUUUUAUCAUCUGGAAGAGCAUCUAUAAAAUGUUUUUACCAUAUUUUCAGAUGUGAUUGGGAUUAUGACCUUCCACUUGAAAUGGUGUAAAAGGGAGCAAUACUUUUGGUAUUAGCCUUGUAUUUGAUAAUCUGAAACCCUGAUACUUGUGAAGCUAUUUUAAUAAAAAAUUAAUUU